UCGCCCCAAGCAAAUUUCUUCCUCAUCGGAAGGCUGAGCAAUGUGGAUUUGGAUGAUGAUGCUACACGAGACCCGGAUAGUGAUCCACCUAUUUGUGUUGCUAAGGAAAUUGCUCACAAUGAAAAAUUGCUUUCACUUAAAUAUGAGAGUCUUGACUAUGAUAAUAGUGAAAAUCAACUAUUUAUGGAAGAGGAGAGGAAGACGAGCAAAAUGGGCUUUGAUGUACUUGAAAUCAAUCGAUGGGUGGUAUGUUGCUUUAUUGGAAUCUUUACUGGACUCAUUGCCUGUUUCAUUGAUAUUGUUAUAGAAAUCGUUGCAGGUAUAAAGUACAAAGUCAUCAAAGAAAAUAUUGAUAAAUCCACAGAAGGAGGUGGAUUAUCUAUCUCACUGGUGCUCUGGGCAGCACUGAAUGCUGCCUUUGUGAUGUUUGGUUCUUUUAUGGUUGCAUUUAUAGAGCCUGCAGCUGCUGGCAGUGGAAUUCCCCAGAUCAAAUGCUACCUCAAUGGAGUGAAGGUGCCACAUGUGGUUCGUCUUAAAACUCUGGCGGUGAAAGUAUUUGGGGUGCUCUUCUCUGUGGUUGGUGGACUGGCAGUCGGGAAGGAAGGUCCUAUGAUCCAUUCUGGUGCGGUCAUUGCGGCUGGUAUUUCUCAAGGCAGGACCUCAACCCUAAAGAAAGAUUUCAAGAUAUUUGAGUAUUUUCGCAGGGACACCGAAAAGAGGGAUUUUGUGUCCGCAGGAGCGGCAGCUGGAGUUUCUGCUGCUUUUGGUGCCCCUGUAGGGGGUGUUCUUUUCAGCUUGGAAGAAGGAGCUUCAUUCUGGAAUCAGAUGCUCACUUGGCGUAUUUUCUUUGCUUCAAUGAUUUCAACAUUUACUUUAAACUUUGUGCUGAGUGCCUACCGUGGCAAACCUGGUGACCUGUCCAACCCAGGUCUCAUCAACUUUGGGCAGUUUCAAAGUGAGGCUAUCCAAUAUAAUUGGUAUGAAAUCCCCAUAUUUAUAUGCAUGGGUGUAAUUGGUGGUAUUCUUGGUGCAUUGUUUAAUGGGUUAAAUUACUGGCUUACGCUGUUCAGAAUAAGGUACAUUCACCAUCCUUGUUUGCAAGUGAUUGAGGCUACCUUGGUAGGAGCUGCGACUGCUACAGUUUCCUUUGUGAUGAUCUAUGCAAUGUAUACCUAUGACUGUCAGCCUAUUGCAGAAGACCCUGUUAAAUAUCCACUCCAACUGUUCUGCCCAGAUGGCGAGUACAAUGCAAUGGCCACAGCAUUCUUUAACACUCCUGAAAGCAGCGUGCGCAGUCUGUUUCACGAUCCUUCAGGUUCGUACAAUCCUCUGACGCUGGGCUUGUUCACGUUGAGUUACUUUAUUCUGGCCUGCUGGACGUAUGGUUUGGCCGUGUCCAGUGGAAUCUUCAUUCCCUCUUUACUGAUCGGGUCUGCAUGGGGACGAUUGUUUGGAAUAUUUCUUUCUACAGUUACGAGAGGUUCUACAUGGGCUGACCCAGGCAAAUAUGCACUGAUGGGAGCUGCAGCUCAGCUUGGAGGUAUUGUACGAAUGACAUUGAGUCUGACGGUCAUCAUGGUGGAGGCGACUGGAAAUGUGACGUAUGGGCUUCCCAUCAUGUUGGUGUUAAUGACUGCCAAAAUUAUUGGAGACUUCUUUAUUGAGGGAUUGUACGAUAUUCACAUUAAGUUGCAGAGUGUACCUUUCCUUGGCUGGGAGCCUCCUGGCACAUCUCAUUCUUUAACCGCACGCGAGGUGAUGAGUUACCCAGUCACUUGCUUCAAGCGACUAGAGAAAGUUGGACGCAUAGUGGAAAUUCUUAGUGACACGUCCACAAACCACAAUGGAUUUCCUGUGGUAGAUGAGAACGAAGAGCCCGAAGAAGAUAACGUUGGAAGACUCUGUGGGUUAAUAUUACGGUCACAGUUGAUUGUGCUUCUAAAACAUAAGGUAUUUGUGGAAAGGGCAAACACGAACCUCACCCAACGGAAACUUCAGCUAAAGGACUUCCGCGAUGCCUACCCACGAUUCCCCCCCAUCCAGUCCAUUCACGUAUCGCAGGAUGAGCAAAAUUGUACAGUGGACCUGACAGAAUUUAUGAACCCAACUCCAUAUAGUGUACCUGGGGAGGCAUCUCUUCCUCGGGCCUUUAGGUUAUUCCGUGCUCUGGGCUUGAGACAUUUGGUGAUAUGCAAUGGUUCGAACAAGGUGAUUGGAAUUGUUACUAGAAAGGAUCUUGCCAGAUAUCGUUUGCAUAAAGGACAACUCGAGGAGCUCGAAAUGGCGCAAACAUGAUUUUUUUUCACACACUGAGUGUCUAUAAACAGAUGAUAUUUUCUGUUGGAGAUUUAGCUGUUUUAAAUUUUAGUUAAAACUUCUCAUUUCAUCCAGCAUUCUAUUGCACUGCGUAUCAGUGGGGCCUCAUGCACCAGGAUAGCUGUACAAAGUAUCCCAAAUAGAGGGCCACUACUUGUGCUGAAAUUGACUCUCACUGUUUACACUGUAGUUUCUUUUGUAAAGCUUAAAAGUGUAUAGUCUUUAAAUUAAUAUAUUUUUGGAUUAGAAACUAUGCAUAUUCUACUUGCACAGUUUGCCACCUUUUAUGUUCUUUCUGCGUCGUGAUGAAACUUUGGUUCCAGUGAGCAUGAAGGCAAAUACAGGGGCAAAGACACUCCUGUAUGGUUUAGCUGAUCCAGAACUGUUCGUGUGGUGACUUGCUAUGUUUUGGGAAAGUCUGCUGCUAUUCUACGUAAGGUGUUGGUGGAAGGAAUGAAGGUCGAUCCACAAGUGCCAUAAAAGGAAAAAAUCUUAUCAGUUCGACGAGAGAUUUUCCAAUUCCCGCAUACACUUUUGAGUUGGAAUCUAAGCACUUAACACAAUGUCUGUAAAUUAACACGCCUAGCAUUUUUUUUUAGCAUUUUAAGAAAAAUGAUUUGUAUAACCUUGGGCAUCGUGUUUUUAAAUAUUUGUUUUAAAUCAGGGAUUUUAAAGGUUGUCAAAGUGUCAUGCAAGAGAGAUUCAAAUGCUUUUUAGGAUUUGAAUCAUUGAGCAGGAGGUGGAAAUGGACAACAGUGAAUGAAAUUCUAUGGCUAUGGAGAUUUUAUCGCAUUAGUAAUUGGCUUAACACUACGGUGCUGAAUGAGAUGUUCACACCUUGGAUUUACUGCUGUUAAAUCCUUAAAAUAUUUCUAAGUUUUAUCAAAAAUAAUGUUAACAUUAGUAAAAUGUUGGAGGCUUAUCAACCGGCCUGCAAACUAAAGAGAACAAGUGGCGCCAAUAGUUAAUUAAUAAAGGAUGUUCGGAUUCCAAUACCAUGGAGUGUUUUUAGUAAGUAAACCAGGUUUUACAAAGCGACGAUAACCAGUCACAGUAUAUAUUGUUUUGACCAUGACUGCCUGAUUUGACCACUCUUAGUUUAGUGAUUGUUUUAUUCUGCUCCGUUCUUAUUAAAAGCAUCAAUAUGGUGGUAAAUCUACAAAGUAUGUUCUAGCUUUAUUUUUCUUUGAUGCCAUUGUGCUGGCAGUAAUAAUUUUGUAAAGCUUAAGUAUUCUCGCAUAUGGAUAAUUUUACACGUGUGUGUGUGUAUGUGAGUAUCUAUGUUGCACUUUGUUGAUGACUUGUGGGAAUAGAUUGUAUGAGCCAUUUGGAUGUUUUUUCAGUUUUUUGUUUUGGUUAUCAAGACAUUGCCUGUUAGUGCUGGGAAAAAAAGGAAGAGUUUCUGAUUUGGGCCACCUAUUUUAAGCACUUCCAGAUCAGCUACAAAGUAAAGCUCCCUCUAAUGUGCCCCAAUAAUGUGCCUUAAUCACAAUCAGAAGCACACUCCUACUGUAAUUUCCAUUUCCCACACUAGUUUUUCCUUGAAAAUCCACCUCUUCUGUGUGCUUUGCGUUUAGGAACAUUUUUGUUGCUGUGGGACAGCCACCGAAAACUGUGUUGCGAAAUAGUCCGAUCUCAAUCACAAUAGGACGUUUAACAUUCAAAGAGCAAAGACCAGAUUUUCAUGCUAACGGUCUGGACUGCAUUUAAACCCUAUUCCCUAAGGGUAUUUCCACAUUCCAAAAUCUUGUUGGGAGAUUCCUGAUUGACUUGAUCGGCAGUUGAUUUUCUCGGCUAAAUCUUUAAUUUUGAAGAUGUCUUUUUUUUUGUAAAAGCAAAUGUAAUGAACACCAGCUUGUACCUGUUUUCUGAACAGUAAUUGAACAGUUCAUCUGUGGCCCAGGUUAGAAUGAAUAAUAAUAACAUCACGAUGGACGCUUUACAGUUGGAUAGACAACGGCCGAUUGUUGAAAUAAAUCCUGUUUAUUUAAAAUCCGAUGCGAUUCACUUCACUCCAUGUGUAUGAAAUUGUACCACCAUUGGCGGGCCAUUGAACACAAUUAUAUUUCUGAACCUGAUCUACCAACUCCUACUGUAUCGUUGAAGUAAAAAUCCUUAUAUUGACAAAACAAUGCAUUGAAAAUGAAAAAUAAAACUUAAAAGUGUUUUUGUA